AUGGAAACUAUAAUUGUUUAUAAAUCUUUUAAUGGAAAACAUGAUAAUUCUAAAACACAAGCUCUAAUACUAUAUAUUCCAGAAUCACCUAAUUUUAAGGUGAGGUUCACCUUGAAUGUGAUUAAAGGUGGUGGUCCAAGUAGCCAAUUCUACCUAUUAGACAUUGGAAGUUGUUGGAAGAACAAUGGCAAGCCAUGUGAUGGUGAUGUGACUUCAGAUGUCACUCGAUACAAUGAAAUGAUCAUAAAUCCAAAUGCAAGCGCAUGGUGCCAAGCAAAAAGCCUCAAUGCAUGCCCACCUUACUACACAUUCCCUAAUGGGACACGCAUACAUCGAAAUGAUACUACCAACUUUCCUUAUGCAGCUUAUCACUUGCAUUGCUCACCAGGAAAUGCAGAGCAUCUUGAGGCACCUUACAGUUUGUGUGAUCCAUAUAGCAAUCCUCAGCCUCAAGAGAUAUUGCAGAUUUUGCCACACCCAGUUUGGGGUGAGUAUGGGUACCCUACUAAGCAAGGGGAGGGUUGGAUUGGGGAUCCAAGGACAUGGGAACUUGAUGUUGGGAGGUUGUCACAAUCACUUUUCUUUUACCAGGAUCCUGGUACUCCUCCAGCUAGGAGGCAAUGGAUGUCUGUUGAUUUGGGAACUGAAAUAUUUAAAGACCCAGAUCAAGUUGCUGAAUGGACUGGUAGUGACUUCGACAUCCUUGUACCUAAGAGAUAAAGGUAUUGAAGCAAAACAAUGAGACAAUGAAGAUUAUUAGAGACUUGAAUAGACUUUACCCGAAGGGUAGAAUUUAUAGAAGGCUCUGCAAAAAUCUUUUGAAUUGUCAUUUUUCUGGCAAGUCAUAUCUUCUUUUUCAAUUGGAAGGAGCUCUGGCUAAUCCAGUAGAAAUAAUUUUUUCUUGCCUUUAGCAAUGGACCUUCUUUGUACUUAAUUUUAAUUUUGGGCAUUGAUUUGAUC